AAUAGUCCAGUCCAGACAAGACUCUUCGAUGAGGACUGUAUCACAUCUCCUACUGCUAACAGUUCGUUUAAAACUUUUAAAAAUCUGUCUCAAGGUAGACGAAAAGGGAAACUGAACCAAAGCAAAUUGAUAAGUUCUCAGGAAAGGAAAAAGAAAAUGGAUGCUGAUGAGGAUUGGCUGAAUGCUACAAAACCAGCAGCAAAGGAUUCCCCUACCCUGAGACAGAGCACGCUGAGUCAGGUCUUUAUGAACAUGCCUUCAAAGCCACAGCCAGAAAAGACUGAAACGGAUGAUAUCCAAAAAGCCAUAGAACUGUCACUGAAAGAUGUUUCACAUAAUCAGGGAAGAAAGAGUUCUGAAACUUCUGAUGUGAAAAUAAUCGAGAAAGAAAAUCUGUCGCCCUUUAAAAGACCUUUAACUCCAAGGAAAUGUAAAAACAAUACACUAAGACAGAAUGGUCUAAAAGUCAAAAGGCGAAAUAAAAGGAGUCCAUCCAUUGACUGUGAUCCUGAUGAAACAGUUGCACCAGGAUCACUCAAUACUGGACCUACAGAGGCGUCCCAAGGUCAGGUGUCCUUUCUGCCCCCUCUUAAUGGCAGUGUUGAUCCUGGGGUACAGCUGUCCUUGUUAUGUGAUGACUCCCAGAGUUUGAAAUCUGAUGACCUACCAGACAUUGAUGUGAAUCCUGCAGGGGACAGUAGCCAUAUUGGAAACCUGACGGACUUUAGAAUUGAAGACUUGAGGAAGUCCACCAAUCCACUGACCUCCACCUGCAUUGAUGUGGAUGAUCCACAGGGAGGUGGAGAGGAGGAGUCCCAGUCCAUUCCCUGUAGUAUGAAGUUUGGGGGUGGCAGGAAAAGAUAUAUCAGGAUUCCCGAAAACUUCUCAGAAGAACCAGGAAACAAUUUUCAAAAUAUAGAAGAGGAUGAUUUUAUUCCAGAUCAUGAAGACAGCUUUGAUAGAGAGAUUGUAGAUAGCUUUACUUUUAACAGAGUGCCCAGUAAGGAGCAGCCAAACUUUGCCCAUGUGGAUGUUGUCAGGAAGCAGGACGAGAGAAGAAAACUACCAGCUCACAAAUGUGAUGAGUGUAGAGAGUACUAUGAGGGGCUGGGACUUUCUGAAGAGGAGAUACAGAAGAGAAUGCAGACCUGCUCCAGACACCGAGCUAAACAUGCCGCCCCUGGAACACCAGAACACUUCUGGGACAUAGGCAUGGAGGACACACUGGAAUGUGAGGAGAGAGGUUAUGUUCAAACAAAAGACCCGGAUAAAGAAAAGCCACGAUUCAGGAGAAAAAGACAACUGAACAAAAUGUUCUAAAGGAAGUUAAUACAGAAAUGAGGGGAAGAGUUAAAACAAGGAUAUAAAGCAGCUGAUUGGAGCAUAACUCGGGUUGAAUUAGCUAGUAUUUAACAAUAUGAAAUGUAUU